CAGAGACUCUCUGUCUCUCUUGGCAUCACCAAAAAGAGAAGAAGAAAGAAUGGGAUUUGAAGCUCUCAAGCUCUCGCCACUCUCCUCCUCCGCCAAGUCCAUCCUCCUCUUCUCCACCGCCGCCGCCGCCGCCGCCGCCAAGCCCCCUCUCUCCACCCUCCUCCCCCCGCGCCCUUCCCUCCUCAAGACCCGCCUCGCGUCCUGCUCGACGAGGUCGCCCCCGCCUCGCCCCGCCGCCGCCGCCGCCGCCGCCGCUGCACAUCGGGGGUUCGGCUGGUCGAGCCGUCCGAGGCGGGGCUUCCGCGGCGGGGUCGUCGUGGCCAUGGCCGCGCCCGGGCCGGUCAGGAAGUCGGAGGAGGAGUGGCAGGCGGUCCUGUCGCCGGAGCAGUUCCGUAUCCUGAGGCUGAAGGGCACGGAAUAUCCAGGCACGGGUGAAUACGACAAGUAUUUUGAAGAGGGGGUGUACACUUGCGCAGGAUGCGGGACUCCUCUUUACAGGUCCACAACUAAAUUUAACUCCGGCUGCGGCUGGCCUGCUUUCUACGAGGGUCUCCCAGGAGCUAUAAACUGCAUUCUGGAUCCAGAUGGCAUGAGGACGGAAAUCACUUGUGCUGCGUGCGGCGGCCAUCUGGGUCACGUGUUCAAGGGCGAAGGCUUCCCAACACCGACCGACGAGCGACAUUGCGUCAAUAGUAUUUCACUCAAGUUUGUUCCCGCCAACUCUUAUCCUUCCCAGUGAACUUCUGCAGCAAGACAGUUCAUUCACCGGAUGCGGCCUUCAACUGCUAUCGUCAUCUUAGAUUGUUUGCUUCCGAUCUCCACACUAUGUACAUCAAGCCCUUUCUGUAAAUCUUCUCGAUCUGGAUCGAAACCGCAUAUUUGCUGCCAUCUCUCAAGUAAUAAAAAGUCAAAAUCUUUAUUCUUGUUA